CCGCAUCUCUCCCAUGUCCGCAUGUCAUCUUCGCUUCCACGCUCCACUGCUCAGGUCAAAAUAUUUCCAGUGUCAUGCCUCAUGGAAGUCUACACAGACUCACUGGAGGGCAGAUUUUUGUUGGAGAAUGAUGACAGCGUACUUGCUGAGGCGUGAAGGUGGUGACAAACUUGAUGGAUGGUGGAAGAGCCGCCAUUGGUGGAGGCGCCGAUCUUGGAGGCCUGGAAACGCACAGGGCCGUUUGCGCAUCAGGGGAAUCGCAUAUGCGCAGCACAGGCCCCUGCGAACUCUUAAUAUGUUCAUUAAGGGUAUUUUUGUCCAAUUAGCUCUUUU